AAAGGACUGGCUUGACGUACGCAGUGAGCGUGCGGUCUCGGGGCUUAUUAUAAUACAGCCGUGAAGUUUGCUCAAUACGCUGUGGCAGGCGCCUCAUUGAUCCAAUGACAAAGCGGAUCACGUCGUAUGAAUAAAAAUACAUCUAGCGCAGCUGUAGGUAUAGCUAAAUCUUUGACAAAGUUACCUAUUGUUGUGGCAGUUGUUGCCUGACUAGAUACCAAGCAUGCCAAGAACAAAAAUGUAGUAGAAAAUACCAAGCAGCCUGUGUUUCUUCGUACCCCAGCUUAGCUUAUAUUUUCUUGGUUUUGAAUGCGGUCGAUAAAGAUUUUUUUCUUGAUACCAUAUUAACAGACAUGAAUAUUCUCCCGUUGAUAUCAUUACAAAAACUAACCAAAAUAAAUGGUAACCAACAAACGAUGAACGAUAAUUACCUACCUAAUUCAGACAUCCGCCUGGGAAUCGAAUCGUAGACCUCCGGAUCGGAAGAGCACCAAGCACUCGGCAGGUUUGGUAGUGUUGUCAAUAACUUCCGCCAAUCUAUCGAUAGUCAUUCACUGUCUAUAAAACGAUCAAUUGUUUAUUUCUUACUAAAUUCUUUAAGAUCAUAAUGCAGGCUGCUCUCAAAUAGAGUUAUCUACCAUGUUCUUCUAUUUAUUUGCAAUGUUCUACAAGCAAUUCAUGAUUAUAGUACGUCAUGAUACUCAUGAUAAUAUCAUGUGAUAUCAAAAUAUCGAGUGAUAUGUACGGUCGGUAAAAUAUCACGGAGGAAAUCAAGCUGUCAAACCAGAAUUCCCGCCAAAAUUGAAAUGUCAUAACAGUAGAACUGUCAUCAUAAUCCAAAACAAAUCCUCGAAAAUUAGAAAUUUUAUUGGAAAAAGAAAGUAGAGAAGAAGAUUGUUACAAAUAUUAGAGAAUUCAACUAAAAGUAAUAUGACGAUUGAUAGCAAACCUUUAAGAUACGCUCAUGCGGAAGGACACACUGAUGUUUGCUUUACAGAAGAUGGGCAGCAUUUAAUAACCUGUGGACACGAUGGAGAUGUUAGAAUAUGGAUGGGCAUUGAGGAUGAUGACCCGAGCUCUCAUUGCGUUGGUGAAAGUGCUCUUGCUGUCUGUUUCAAAGACAAAAGGCUGUAUGUGGCCACUGACAGCCAUGUGGUCCAAGCCUAUACAUUCCCAGCAUUUGACAAAGAUGGAAUCGUUACUAGGUUUACUGCCCCAGUCACUCAAAUCAAGUCAACUAGUAAAAUUGAGGCAUUGGGCUGCUCAUCAGAGAAUAUGGAAGCAAGGAUAUGUAGCUUAGAGGGAGGGGCACCUUUGUUUGUCAUGUCUGAACACAAGGGCUCAGUCCUCAGUAUAGCUAUUUGUCCACACAUGAAAUAUGCCAGCACAGCCAGUGGUGAUGGUACGCUGAGAAUAUGGGAUAUUGAUACACAGAAAAUAGUAAAGGAGAUUACAUGUGUGCCAAAGAUUAACACAUUUUAUUCUGCAAAAGUAUUAUGUCGUAUUGAUUUUGAGCCUUCAGAAGGGAAAUAUUUAGCUUAUCCAAACAAUAGAGAGAUCAUUUUACUAGAUUGUGAAAGUUGGGGACAAAGGAUGACUUUUACACACAGCUCAAUAAAAUGUGCUAUAUCGCAAUGUCUAUUCUCACCUUGUGGCCAGUAUUUGGCUGGCAGCACUGUCGCUGGCCAGAUAGCUGUAUGGGAAGUUCAGACAGGAAAUUGUGUGGGACUUAUUGAGCAUCCAACUUCACAUAAUGUAUCUGCAAUGGCAUGGAAUCCAAAAGGCAAUGGUGUUUUAGCUUACUGUGAUGUAGCUGGGCAACUUGGCUGUCUUGUGAACUGUUAUGGAAAAGACAGUGAAAUCAGAGAUGAAAUAGAGACUGUUGAAAGAGUUGAUGAUGAUGAUAUAGGUGAUUUGAUGAUAAACAACGACAGUGAUGACGAGAACGCGAUUUCCUUGGAGAAGUUAAAGAAUGAGACGCUCGGGUUGAAUGACCCGCACGAGGAGUCGCGGCCGGCGUCCGCGCAGCCCCUCGCACCGGCCUGUGCGCCGCCGCAGCCGCCUUUCCAACCAUCGGCAACUCCUGCGCAUCUAGAGCACAGAUACAUGUGCUGGAACGACGUCGGUAUAGUCCGCUGCCACACUACGGAAAACGGAGAAUCGAGCAUAGACGUCGAAUUCCACGACACAAACGUGCAUCACGGCUUACAUUUAAAUAACUAUUUGAACCACACAAUGGCCAGUUUAUCCUCGAGUGUGCUGGCAUUAGCAUGUGAAACGCCUAGCAAGCUGGUCUGCAUAUCGCUGGUAGGCAGCAGCAAGGAGUGGAGCGUAUCUCUCCCGGACACAGAAGAGGCGCUGUGUGUGUGUGCGGCAGGCGGCGUGGUCGCGUGUGCCACCACCGCGCGCCUACUGAGGUUAUUCACGCCUAUGGGCACGCAGCGACAGGUUAGUUCGUUCGUUUCAGGAUUUGAGAUGAUGGAAUGCAGGCACGUGCGAAGUAAAACGGUCCCUGUGCCGCUGACGCCAGGGUCCAAAUUGGCGUGGCUGGGAACCACCGACACCGGCUCGCCGUGUGCUUUUGACAACACCGGCAUGUUACGUCUUUACGAUGUCGCGAGCGGUGUCUGGAUACCGAUAUGCGACACCAGCACGCAUUCUAGAGGAGUCUCUGACACCUGGUUUAUUGUUUCUGUAAGCGAGCCCACACAGACAGUCCGGGCUAUAUUAUGCAGAGGCGCAUCUUUCCCACCAACAGCGCCUAAACCUAUUGUUGCAGAAUUACCUAUACGCAUCCCGCUGUGUGAGCUGGACAGCGAGAAGGCGCAGCACGAGGAGCAACUGGUGCGCUGGGCGCACUGCGCCGCCGACGUCGACGUCAAGGCUGCUAGAGAAGUCUCGCUCAAACUGUUUGCCCUCGCAUGUCGGAGUGAGAUCGAGCAAAGAGCGUUAGAACUGAUGGAGAUCCUCAAAGACGAUCGCCUCCUGCCUUUAGCCGCAAAAUACGCGUCUCGUUUAGGCCGCGUACACUUGGCCGACAAACUCACCGACUUAGCUUCGGCCUGGCAACGCGACGCAGACCUCAACGAAGCCAGAAACUCACACUUCAUGGAAUUGGACACGCAGGAAACCUAUGACGUCACCAGCACGGAGCCAGACUUGAACGCUAGUCUGAUUAUACCGCAGAAAGCCAAAGAGAAGAAAACAGAGACCGUCACGCCUAUCAAACCUGUGCCUAUAAAAUCAUCGCCUGGCGGAGCUAGGAAUCCGUUCAGAAAACAGCAGGAGGCUACAAAGAACGUUCAGAGUCCAUUGAGUUUAACGGACCGCACGUUAGUCGAAGUGCACAGUCAUUCAGAAAAUGAUGAUCCUCAAAAACCAGUUGAAGGCGAAAAAUUCGUGGACUGGUUUGCCCGCAAUCGAGAACGUCUCGAGCAAGAGAAUCCGGAGUUAUCACCCGCGGAGUUGACACGAGUCGGCGUGCGAGCCUUCCGCAACGCCGCCGCCCCCGCCGCUAACGGAGAAAACAUCAAUGGAGCCAAUGGAGCUCCGGCAAAGCGCAAGCGCGAUACGGAAACAGAAUCCGACGCCGUCGUCACCACUGCGCCUAAGCAGUCCAAACUCAGCGCUUUUGCGUUCCAGAAAAAAACGUAGUAAUGACGUCAUUUACAAUUUGGAAUGAUAGGGUUACAAGAAAAUUCGUGCUUUAAGCUGUUAAGUCGUAGACCGACGAACUAAACGCCCAAAACUUAAUUCGGGCUUCGUCAGCCUGUGAUUGGUAGAGUUUUAAUUUUCAAACAGACUUGAAUUCACUCUCAAGUGUAAAUUCGUAAUUGAGUGUUGUUUUAUAACGCAUUCUGAACAGGCUACUCGUGUGUUUCGAAAUGCGAUCUAUGUUCAUUAGCUCUUACUAUAAACUCGCCGAAGAGAAAGUGAAGAUAUUUUUGUAUUUUAGAUUAAGUGACUAUUU